AAGUUAUUCCAAGCAAAGAAGAAGAAGAAGAAGAAGAAGAAGAAGAAAGAAAGAAAGAAAGAAGAACCAUUUCUCUCAAUCUAGAGCUCAAAGUGAAGAGAAGAAGAUAAAGAAGGAGAUGGGCAAGCAGGACAAGAGUAGCUUCUCUGCAACUUGUAAUCUUUUGAGCCAAUAUCUAAAGCAAAAUGGGAGUUUUGCUGAUUUGAUGACUAAAGGAUCAUCACAUAAACCACCAACUCCAAUGAAAUUAUUCCCUGGUGCUGUUGUUCCAGAUGAACAAAUCAAAGAAACUCAAAUUUCUGAACAAAAAGCCCCCAAAUCAAUGGACUUGUUUCCCUCAACACUCUGGAUUUGGCCUCUCACACUCUGCCAAUCAAAGUCAUUUGGAGAAUGCACCAUUGACAAUAUUCUACGGUGGAAAAGUACUAGUUUUCGAUAAUUUUCCGGCUGAAAAAGCAAAAGAUCUCAUGCAAAUGGCAAGAACUCAAACUGCAACUUCUCCAAUUCCUGCAUUAAACCCACAACCAAAUUCUUCAGAAAUGCCUAUUGCAAGAAGAGCCUCACUGCAUAGAUUCUUGGAAAAGAGAAAAGAAAGGAUUAUUGCCAAGGCACCAUAUCAAGUGAACGGAUCUCCGGCCUCGAUGAUCAAACCUGAAGACAAGAAAUCAUGGCUUGGCUUGGCUCCUCAACUCGCUGAAGAUGACCGGAAAUUCGAGUACCGAAGAUAGAACAAUAAACCAAGAAUGUUAAUUGUUGUUGAUAAAGCUUAAAAAAAAAAACUCUUGUAGAAAUGUUUGAUUUGUAGUUCUUGUUCUAACUUUAAUCUGCAGAAAGUUUCCGUUCUAAUGGAAUUCUUGUUUCUGUA